GCACCCUCCGUUCUAGCGCCGCUUCCGCCCGGGCGCAAAAUGGCGGCGCCCUUUGUCUGUUCCGUGUCACCAUGAUCGCCGCCGCCGUCGGGAUGAUGUGACGCUCGUGGGAUGGCAGGUGCGGGGCCGAGAGUGAGGGGAGCGCCCCCGGGCUCCCUACGACCGCCCAGCGCCGGGGUCGGGGCCUGAGAGCGGGGCCGCCCGUCCGCCGCCCGUCCGCAGGCGGAGAUCGGGCGAAGAAGCCGCGGCGCGGACAGCUCCUCGGGCCAUGGACUUCCCGCAGCACAGCCACCAAGUCCUGGAGCAGCUGAACCAGCAGCGGCAGCUGGGCCUGCUGUGCGACUGCACCUUCGUGGUGGAUGGCAUCGACUUCAAGGCCCAUAAGGCGGUGCUGGCGGCCUGCAGCGAAUACUUCAGGAUGCUCUUCGUGGACCAGAAGGACGUGGUGCACCUGGACAUCAGCAAUGCGGCAGGUCUGGAGCAAGUGCUGGAAUUCAUGUACACGGCCAAGCUGACCCUCAGCCCGGAGAACGUGGAGGACGUCAUGGCCGUGGGCAGCUUCCUUCAGAUGCAGGAGGUCGUCCACGCCUGCAGCACAUUGAGGGCCCUCUCGCCCCCAGUUGGCCUGGAGAUCCCCACAGUGGCUGGGCAGGAGAAAACAACCAACAGCAGGCACAAAAUGGAGUUGGAAGCCCCCAGGGAGCAGGAGGAGCAAACCUCCUCUGGCAGCCUCCAGCCAGCUGAAGUGGCCCAUCCUGCAGAGGACCUGAAAGACGAGGCAAUAGUGGCGGAAGGGAGCGAGGCUGGUCCAAGGCCAGAUGCAGGCACAGCGUUCCCCGCCGGGACUGAGGGACCGCCGGAGGAGCUGCAGUUCGGCCUCUCCCCCCACGAAGAGAGCAGACCCGUCUCCACUUUCCCCGCUCAGGCCAGGGAGGCUGACCUUCCAAUGCUGAAAGUCCCCGUGGAGAUGGAGGUGGAGCUGGAAGGACGCGAAGAGGAGGAAGACCCGCCUUCCGAGGCGGAGGGCAAUGGCAAGACGGCCGAGGAGCCCGAACCGACCCUGCUGACCAACGGCAGCGUCCCCGAGGACUUUGAGUCUGGAGGCACCGACUCUGGGCAGGAGAACGCGGGAGAGGCCAGGCUGCUGCGUUCGGGGACAUACAGUGACAGGACAGAAUCCAAAACGUACGGCUCCGUGACCCACAAGUGUGAGGACUGUGGAAAGGCGUUCACCCACACGGGCAACUUCAAGCGCCAUAUCCGCAUCCACACGGGAGAGAAGCCCUUCUCCUGCCGGGAAUGCAGCAAGGCCUUUUCGGACCCCGCGGCCUGCAAAGCGCACGAGAAGACCCACAGCCCCCUCAAGCCCUACAGCUGCGAGGAAUGCGGCAAGAGUUACCGCCUUCUCAGCCUGCUGAACCUGCACAAGAAGCGCCACACAGGGGAGGCCAGGUACCGCUGCGAGGACUGUGGGAAGCUCUUCACCACCUCGGGCAACCUGAAGCGCCACCAGCUGGUGCACAGCGGGGAGAAGCCCUACCAGUGCGACUACUGCGGACGCUCCUUCUCCGACCCCACCUCCAAAAUGCGGCAUCUCGAGACGCACGACACCGACAAGGAGCACCAGUGCCCUCACUGCGAGAAGAUGUUCAACCAGGUGGGGAACCUCAAAGCCCACUUGAAGAUCCACAUUGCGGAUGGACCGCUGAAGUGCCGCGAGUGCGGAAAGCAGUUCACGACCUCAGGUAACUUGAAGCGGCAUCUCCGCAUCCACAGUGGAGAGAAACCGUACAUCUGUGUGCACUGCCAGCGCCAGUUUGCCGACCCGGGGGCUCUCCAGCGGCACGUCCGUAUCCACACAGGCGAGAAGCCCUGCCAGUGCAUCAUUUGUGGGAAAGCCUUCACCCAGGCCAGCUCUCUAAUAGCCCACGUGCGCCAACACACUGGGGAGAAACCCUACGUUUGCGAACGUUGCGGCAAAAGAUUUGUCCAGUCCAGCCAACUGGCCAAUCACAUCCGCCACCACGACAACAUCCGCCCUCACAAGUGCAGCGUCUGCAGCAAAGCUUUCGUCAACGUGGGCGACCUGUCCAAGCACUUCAUCAUCCACACAGGGGAAAAGCCAUUCCUGUGCGACAAGUGCGGCCGCGGCUUCAACCGGGUGGAUAAUCUCCGCUCCCACGUCAAGACCGUCCACCAAGGCAAAGCGGGGAUGAAGCUCCUGGAGCCCAGCGAAGGCGACGAUCUCAACAUCGUCACCGUGGCCUCGGAGGAGAUGGUGACGCUGGCCACGGAAGCUCUAGCCGCCACGGCAGUCACCCAGCUCACCGUUGUUCCCGUCGCAGCUCCUGUCACAGCGGACGAGACGGAAGCGCUCAAGGCCGAGAUCACCAAGGCUGUGAAACAGGUCCAAGAAGCAGACCCCAACACCCAAAUCCUCUACGCCUGCGAUUCCUGCGGAGAGAAGUUCCUGGAUGCCAACAGCCUGGCUCAGCACGUGCGCAUUCACACAGCCCAAGCCCUGGUCAUGUUUCAGGCGGACACAGACUUUUACCAACAGUACAAUGCUACCACCGCUUGGCACGGCGAGCAGGUUAUCCCGUCGGGAGAGCUACUCUUCCGGGCACGGGAUGGCAGCGAAGUGUCGCCAGCCUUGCCAGAGGCCCCACCGGCUGGAGAGUGAUGGCAGGUGCUGCCCCGCCAACAAGACUGAUGCCCAAAGGAGGCAGCUUGGGGGUGGUGGGUGGUGGAAGUGCUCCUCGUACCCCGAGAGAGAAUGCUCCUCCCAUCGCCUGAACAUUCCGGCAUCGCUCCCAAACCGCUAUUUAAAGGCCACGAAUGCUACAUGGAAACUGAUGUAAAAAAAAAAAAAUAUUAUUUCUGUAUUGGAGAGACUACAUCUGUGUUAAUACUGAGAAGAAGAAGAAAUAAAAAAAGGCUGUUAUUUUCUAUGUUUAAAAGGAAAACUUGCUUUGGCCGGGUUCCGUUUCUCCAGCCAAGGCUUUUCCUAGCUUUGCUUCUUCGGUCGAGUCUCCCAGAAGAACGCAGGAGGCUUUUGUUCCGUCAACCAGAUCCUGAAAACCAGCCCGAAAAGGCUCCUGGCGGCCUCGGGAGGGCGAAGUCACGGCUGCUUCUUCAUAGGGAGAAAGAGGUGAACGGCGCCUUACCGAAAGCAGCCUUAGACACCCCAAUUUCCUGCAGAGAACCGUUAACACCAGGGUGUUUUGUCUUUUUUAAUAAAAGUCUGUAUUCCAAUGGACACACAAAACAAAACUGCGCUGAGAAAACAGUUCCAUAAAUUAAGUCUUAGGAGUAGAAGGACCAGAGAGAAGGCAGAUUAAAAAGUCUGUACAGUGGGUGAAACCUUCCAUGGGCGGAGCGGAGGCCGGGGGGGGGGGGGGGGAGGCCCAGGACUAAAUGAAGCGCACUUACAAAUGAGUGACAAAUACAAAGUCGGAGUAUGAAAAUAAGAUUUUCUUUGAAAACACAUCUUUUUUUGGCACAGAUUAAAAAAAAAGUAUGUUGUGGGGAUCAGAUUUCUUUAGAGUUUUUUUUUUAAAUAUUUUAUAGAAUAUAAUUAUAUAUUUUAUAAUUAUAUUUUAUAAAAUAUUAUAUAUAUCUCUCUCUAUAUAUAUUUAUAUAUACACACACCCACGGAGUCCUGCAUAAUACCACCAAGAAGGGAAAACAGCUCUCCUUUUUAGGCUUGGUUUUGCUUUCAGUGUAAACUGUACAUCCAGGAGGAAGGAGGGAAACCGCAGGGAUGAGGGACGGGGGAAGGCAGCAGGAAGUAAGGGGUGGGGGGGUUUCCCGGAGAGCGUGAAAUGCUCCUUGACCCACAGACUGGAGCGGAAGGUCCUGCAGUCCAGAGUCCACGCCGCCAGCUGCUGUGUG